AUGUUGCGUCAAUUAAUAACUACUGUGGGUCAACGCACACUUACACCUCUUCUGGCGCGCACACAACGUUUUUCUGCCGCUACUGGUGCCGGUGGUGAUGGUAAAGAUGGCAAACAGGAUGUGGUCAAUCAUGCCGAUGUUCCCAUCAUCGACUACGAGGAUCCCGAUUAUUUGCCCUUGCCAGAAUAUCCAUUCCGGCCAGACGAACCAUUGGAUGUUAAAAAGCAAAGAUUGGUAUAUCAAUCACGUAAACGCGGCAUGUUGGAGAACGAUUUACUGCUGAGUACCUUUGUGGCCAAACACUUGAAAGGCCUGAAUGCUGAACUAACAGACCAAUAUGACCGCCUCAUUAAUGGUGUCACCAAUGAUUGGGAUAUUUAUUAUUGGGCCACCGAGAACAAACCCACACCUCCGGAGUAUCAAAAUGAAAUAAUGAAUAUGUUAAAGGAACAUGUUGCAAAUGCUCAGCGCGAAAAACGUUUGAGACAACCAAAUUUGUAA